GGUUCUUCUCAAAUAAAAAAAAAUGCCUGGUUAACGUUAGCCGUCUGAUUCUCUUCUCAGUUUUUUCCUUAUAUUGUUCCGAGUCCACAGUUUCCCUUUAGUCCCGGGAUUACAACCAAUUUACGAAUAUGCCCUGCACCCAUGACUAGCCGCGCCGUGGCUCGGCCUAUCCUGCGCCCACCACCUGCCCUGCCCUGCCCUGCCCGUGCUGCCCGCCCCUCUGCCCUCUCCCUUGUCUCUCCAGAGAUUGAAAAAGUCUCCUCAUUUCUCUGCUCUCCCCUUCCGUUGCAGCCAUGGAGUUCGCUUAGUUGUCCGUUGAGUAUUAGUAGCUUCUUCAAACCUUCAGAUCUGUGCCUGGUAGUCGCCAGUUCCUCAGCGCAAGCCGGCCCAGAUGGACACCAUGACGCCUGCGCCCCUGCAAGCUGCAGCUGCCGGAGCCGUGCAAGCCAGCGCCGGCGAUGCCGUCCUCGCGGCGAAGCUGCUCACCGCCGUCGUCGCCGAGGGUCCUAUCUGUGAUAUGCCUGACUUCAAGAUGAGCGGAAAGAAGGCUGAUGAGCUUGCUCCUAAUGAUGCUGGUGAUGACGAUGACGGUGGUGAUGAUGGGGACGGGGACGAGGAUGGUGACUUUGGGGAGGGUGAAGAGGACAUCUCAGAAGGAGAGGGAUAUGACAAUCCAAAGGGCAAUGAGAAUAAGAAGAAACAAAGGGGCGAUGCUGAGGAGAAUGGUGAUGAAGAUGAAGAACCUGAAGACCAGGAUGGUGGUGGUGGUGGUGGUGGUGGUGGUGAUGAUGAUGAUGAUGAUGACGAUGAUGACAACGAGGAUGAUGACGACGACGACGACGAUGACGAUGGCGGUGAUGACGACGAAGAGGGGGUAGAAGAGGAAGACGACGACAAGGACGAGGAUGAGGAGGAAGAUGAUGAAGAUUCACUUCAGCCCCCAAAGAAGAGGAAGAAGUGAAGAUCUUCAAUGCGGCUUUAGUUACCAUGCACUGAGUUCUGGCUCAGUUUUCGUCGUGUCCUCGGAUUCGAACUUUCCUUUUAGAGUUAAGAAGGCUCCACAGCAACACGUGUGGACUUGUAGGGGCUUUAUGAUUUGAGGCAAUUAGAGAGAACUCUAUGUAAUUGUUGCUUUGCUUCCAUGGAGUUGAACAGAUGUUUCGCUAACAUAAUUCAACCUGAGUGAUGAAAGCCUCAAGAUUGGACAUGUCAUCUCUUUUAUCUCAUUUAGAAUCAA